ACUGUUUCUUUACUUGUGAGGAGCCUUAGAGCCUUCUUCAACAAUCUCCAACCCUGCAGUUCCGUUCUUUUCCAAAACCAUUGGAGCUACGUCGGGGCACGAUUAUGGCGACGGAGAGGAAGAAGACGAGGAGGAGCUCUGCACCAGCGAAAACGAUGAUCAAUUCCGAGAGGACAUGGAAGCACUCAAGCAAGCCUAGUGAUGAUGAUUUGGAGUUGUUCCGGAGCAUACGAAGUUGUCUUGAGUUAUCUGAUGAUGCUUGCGAGACUGUCUCUAUGAAACCUUCCUACACUCCUCCGCCAAUUAUUUCGGAUGAAGCUGAAGAUAAGUUCCAGACUCUUCUCACUAUUCAGGGGGCUUAUAUGUCUGCUGAAUCCGGGGGAAAGAGCAAAAUCAGUUGCUUAAGGAGAAAAGAUAUAGUCAAAGAAUCUAACAUGCUCUCGCAGUAUGUAUCUUGCAAUGAUUUGUUCAAUGGAGCCAAUAAUAGUGAGAAAUUUCAACAUUCUGAAGAAGCCCUCAUUCCUCCUGAUUUAUCAAUUGACAACUUGGAGAUGCCAUCUUCUAGUUUGAUUGAGUUGCAUCAGCCGGAUGCUAGCAAGACAUCUGAGAAUUUGGCCUUCCCAAAAUCUGCACGUGGUUCAGAGGGAUCAUGGAGAGAUGGAUGUAAUUUGGAUAAUAUUCUGGCAUCAAUCAAAGAUCUUGAAAUUACCCCGGAGAGGAUUAGAGAAUUUCUACCAGAAGUUAACUGGGAUCAAUUAGCUUUGGUGUAUGCUCCCGGCCGUUCUGGUGCAGAAUGUGAAGCGCGCUGGCUUCACAUCAUGUGUUGUUCAAAGAAGCUGGCUUUGCAGAUGUCUAUGACUGACAAUCAGGGACACCUUUACCAUUUGGUAAUGAAGGCGUCUGUGGUGAUUGGAUCACAGAUGACUGUCAUGCUUUCAUUCCUUAUGUUCUUCCAACCAGAAUCAGUGUGUUUGCAUUACCUGCUCCCUUUUAUCUUGAUGCAUGUGGUUACCCAUUACAGGUGGUUGAAUCAUGAAGAUCCCUUGAUCAAUCGUAGUCCAUGGACUGCUGAAGAAGAGAAGAAUCUUUUGUUUAUCAUCCAAGAACAGGGGAUUGCUAACUGGCAUGAUAUUGCAGUGUCAUUGGGCACCAACAGGACCCCAUUUCAAUGCCUGUCACGUUACCAGAGGAGUUUAAAUGCUUGCAUACUGAAUAGGGAAUGGACUAAGGAGGAGGAUGACAAGCUUCGUUUGGCUGUUGAAGCAUUUGGUGAACGUGAUUGGCAGUCUGCAGCUUCAGCUUUGACUGGCCGGACUGGUACUCAAUGCUCUAAUAGAUGGAAAAAAUCACUUCAUCCAACCAGGCAAAGAGUGGGCAGAUGGUCUGCAGAUGAAGACAAACACUUGAAAGUAUCAGUAAUGCUUUUUGGACCAAAAAACUGGAAAAAGAUUGCUGAAUUUAUUCCUGGCCGAACUCAGGUGCAGUGCAGAGAAAGGUGGGUUAAUUCUUUAGAUCCUUCCUUAAGUCGAAGUAAGUGGAGUGAAGAAGAGGAUUUAAGGUUAGAAGCAGCAAUUGAAGAACAUGGAUACUGCUGGUCAAAAGUUGCUGCAUGCAUGCCUUCACGAACUGAUAACCAGUGUUGGAGGAGGUGGAAGGUAUUGCACCCAGAUCGAAUGCCUUUGCUUCAAGAAGCUAGAAGGAUUUGGAAAUCUACUUGUGUAAGAACUUUGUAGGUAGGGAGUCUGAGCGUCCUGCCCUUGGUCCUGAUGAUUUCAUUCCACUGCCAAUGGUUGAUUCAACUUUUGAACUUGAAAAUAUGAAUGUGCCAAAUAAAUGUAAAAGAAAGCAAAGAAAUGGUACAGCGUACAAAGGAAAAUGACACAGCACCAUGCCAAAAUGGAAAUUCCAUUACCAAUGGGAAUGCAAGUGGAACUCCAACCCAGCACAAAUAAACUUUACAUGUUAAA